CUGUUCCGGCGCGCGCCCCGCGUGCGGACGCGCGUUCCCGGGCCCGGCGCUCGGAGCCGCCGCCGCAGCCAUGUCGGCCGCCUUCAGGAAAGCCGCCAAGGCGCGGCAGCGCCCGCACCGCGAGCGGGCCCAGCCCGCCGCCCGGACGAAGCUGGGCUUGCUGGAGAAGAAGAAGGACUACCGGCUCCGCGCCCAUGACUACCACAAGAAGCAGAAUGCUCUCAGGGCGCUGCAGAAGAAAGCUCUGGACAAGAACCCCGAUGAGUUCUACUUCAAAAUGAUACGUGCAGAGGUCAAGGAUGGUGUCCAUGUAAUAAAGCAGCCAAAGGAUGAAGUUACCCCAGAGCAGAUGAAGCUGAUGAGGACGCAGGAUAUUAAAUAUGUGGAAAUGAAAAGAGUUGCAGAAGCCAAGAAAAUCGAGCGCUUGAAGGCAGAGCUCCACCUGCUGGACGCCGCGGGGAGCGGCGCGGGCCGGCACCUCUUCUUCAUGGACACGGAGCGGGAAGUUCGGGAGUUUGAUAUUGCUGCUCACCUGGACACCGUUCCUGAGCUGGUAGAUAGAGUGUACAACCGACCAACCAUCGCAACGCUGCAGAGAGAGGCAGUGAAGGGACCUACUGAUCCUGCCCACCUAAAGAAAUUAGCCCAGCAGAGGAAGAACCAGUAUGACCUCCUGAGGCAGCGCAUCGAGAGGGAGAAGGCCAUGUUUGUCGUCUCACAGAAAAUCCAGACACGGAAGGAUCUGCUGGACAAAACUCAUAAAGUAAAGGUGAAGAAGGAAACAACGACUGGUCCAGCUAUUUACAAAUUCAAGUUUCAGAGGAAACGUUAGCCAUUUAAUGGAAUAAUUGUUACAGUCUUUGCUCAGAAAGGAGGAGCCCUAUCCCUUGGAGAAGGGCUGGUGCCAGCCUGCUUUUGACUGCAGCUCAGCACUUUGUUGAAACAAAUCACUGUGGGCCCGUGGUAGCCAUCAGUGUGUUUAAUCUAAUUAAUUGAUUAAUAAAUCAGAGUUUGUUCUUUUGA